CCAGGUGAACACACUGUCCUACAGGCGGGGACUGUCAUAAUAAAACUGAUUGAAAGAUGUCUGCUGUGGUUUUGGUAUAUUACUCUCAGUUCUUGUGAUGUCUCAUCUCCCUAUCUGCACAGCUGAGUCAGAAAUCACAUACAGGCCUAGACAUAUUGUAGUUCCCUUUGCUGACACAAUCAUCACCUUAGUUCCUUGUUGGCAGAAACAAAUAAAAAGGGGAAGCUGGGCCAUCUGAUCUGUCAGUGUUUGUUGUGGGAGACACUGACUUAACUAGAGAGCAGAAGAGGGUAGACUAGACGAGGAUCCCGGGAGAGGAGAGAGAGGUCUGACCACAACAAAGCAAGCAAACAGCCACAUAAGGAAAGGAUGAAGAUGGGUGGAGGAGCUGCACGGAGCUGCUGGCUGCUGCUCACACUCUCUCUGAAAGGUAUUCUUGCUGGUGAUUGGUCAGUUCAUCUCCCCUCCAGUCCUAUCUGUGCUGUGAUUGGUUCCUCUGUGGUUCUCCCUUGUUCCUAUGACUACCCCCAAAGUUCUAAUGAAACCAGGGAAGAGGGGCAGCUUUCUGCUCAGGGCAGAGGACAACAGUACAGAGUUUUGUCUGAGAUGUGGUGUCUUGAAGACAGCCGCUGUAUCACACCAAGAUAUGUCUUCCACAGUGACGGUAUCUUCCCAGAUCCAUCCUACCAGAACAGGGUGGAGUACCUGGGUCAACCAGGAACAAAAAACUGUUCUCUGAGGAUAUCUGAUGUGAAACAGUCCGACAGUGGAGCAUACGUGUUUUACCUCAUCACCAGCCACCCUACGCAGAAGAUGCCAGAGCAGAGAGGUAUACAGCUGCUGGUAGCAGAUGCAUCCAGCGCAGUCACAGUGUCAGCAAGUCGCUCCAGUGACGUCACUGAGGGCGAGGCAUUACGUCUGGCCUGCUGCAGCCCUGCGGCCGGUCCACAGGCCCGUUUCAGAUGGUUCAAGAGCACGAGCACCAGCCCACGACACACUGGACAGGUGUGGGACGUCAGUGAGGUUACGUCUGAUGACUCUGGCAGCUACUACUGUCAGAUACAGACUGGAGAUAAAGUGCAGAACUCUACAAUGUUGCCCAUUGAUGUAGAGUACUCUCCUCAAAACACACUGAUCUUAGUCUCUCCUGCUGGAGAGCUACAGGACAGUCUUCCUGUGACUCUGACCUGCAGCAGCGAUGCUAACCCACCUGUCCUCACAUACACCUGGUACCAGGGAGAAGCGUGUUUCUCUACAUCAGACCAAACCUUUCAUCCAGGCAGACGAGCCCUGGCCACACCCACAGGAAGAGUCUCGACAUUCAGCAGUGCCAACAUCACCGCUGAGGAAUAUGGGCUGCACUGCUGUGUGGCACGCAACAGACAUGGAUCACAGACUAACAUUGUAACACUCAGAAGCUCUAAAGCAACAACCCCGUCUGACUCUUCAGGAAGCAGACUGGUGUUUAUCGGGGUGACCAUUGGUAUUCUACUGGCUAUUGUCGCCUUAGUGGCCUGUCUUGUUACAAGGAGACGGAAGACAUCCAGACACCGGUCGUAUGUCCUCACCGAGACAACUGCUACAGCACCUUAAGACCUACCUUAUUCCGCACAAAGUACAAACACCCUACAACCACCAAAGAUACCCAAAAUACACUUGUGCAUUUACCUUCACACAUCAUGUUGCCACCCAAAACUAGUAUUGCAUCACAUGCUGUAGCACAUUUUGUAGACAUUUUGCUUAAUGACUGAAAUCACGUACACAGAAGAAGAACUUUUCCAAGACUGAUGACAGCAGCGCUGUGAGAACCUGAAGAUCAUGUGACAGACAUUACUGUACAUCCAAGCCACCAGGACACAACACUGAAAACCCUCCUAGAUUUCUAUGCACUGAGCUGAAUGAGGAUAAACUUGGCUGGCUUGGGCUUUAAGAGAACUGCUUGAUUUUAAAAUUGACGUUGUGAAGUGAAGCAAACGUGUGGGUAUAUCUUUAUUCUAUUUGUUUAAGUGCUGUUGUGCUGUGGGAUAAUGCAGUCAGGAAUUAACCCUCUACUUUGUACUUGCCAGUUGAGCUGUUGCAGUGGCGGAUGUGAAUUUGAAUACACCCUCCACGGUUCAUCACAUAUGACGACCACAGUGACAUCUGGAGUUGUUGUUAGCACUGAUACCAAUGCUGGAUUUUAACAGCACAUUGUAAAGUGCCCCACAUACUGUAUAAGCAAUGUCCAAAGACAGACAACACUGAAGAAAAAAAACAGUAAUAAUGAUCCAAUUAAAAGCUGUCAGCAGUCAGGACUUGGUCACAUCUGUGUGGUUUUGAGUAAACUCUUCAGUGUGAUAAGACUCUAACAGAUACAGAACAGAGCCUGUGGAGAAGUGGAGGAGGAUGAAAACCAAGAGGACAGUGACUCUGUAACAAGGGCACUGAUUUACAAAAUGCACUUGGAUAUUCAUCUCAUUAGUCUAUUUUUAGAAUUUAGCUUUAUCUAUUGUAUUAAAGUGAGAAUAGUUGAGUAAAGUGGUGCACACAUCUUCUAUUUUUAAAUGCUGAUUAAAGGUCCAGUGUGUAAAAUUUAGGAAGCUCUAUUGGCAGUAAUGGAAUAUAAUAUCUAUAGGUAUGUAUUCAUUAGCGUAUAAUAACCUGAAAAUAAGAAUGAUUGUGUUUUUGUUUCCUUAGACUGAGAGGUUUUAUCUACAGAGGGAGCGGGUCCUCUUCUGUGGAGUCAGCCAUGUUGAACCACCAUGUUUCUACAGUAGCCCAAACAUUGGCUGUAGACAGGGCCAUUUGUGUUUUUCAUGAGUUUUUCAGCCACCGUAGUUUCUCCUACACUCUUGAAAGGCUGAGCUGUAUUCAAAUGGUUGCAAUCUGCAACUUCACUGCUAGGUGCAACUAAAUAAACUAAAUAAAUCCUACACACUGGUCCUUAAAAAUAUAAAGGGCGUGCUCAGUUUCGCGUAUGCGCACAUUACCUUAAGAGCUGUUUCUGUUCUGUUCCAUUUACUGUACAUUUUUAAAUUUUUUAAGAUGUUGUAAUGGGAAAUACAGGCAAUUAGUCGUGGCCAUAUUGGAACGCUGCUGAUUUCCAUUAUGCAUACUGAGCUUCAAAUUUCACAAACUUUUGUAAGCUACAGUUUAUGUCAUCUGAGAUUUGUUCUAAAUGUAUUGUAUAUGGCAAAGCGAUACCAAGAUUAACAAAAUAUGUGAUAUGUUUUUGUAUUUUCCAACACUUGAAACAUGCCUUGGAAACAAGACAGAGUUUAUUGCUUAGCAAAACAUCUUAACAAUAGAAAAAUAAUCAGUGUGAUGAUAAACAAGAGGGCGUCACAAUAUGCGUCAUACAACAACAAUAAUCUAUACAGUUGUUACAGCAGCCAGCAUUUAUUUGGGACCAUAGAGCGACCACUGCAAAUGCAACAAGAAGUAAGGGUUGAAUGGCAAUCAUCACCUGAUUUACAUGACUUUUUCUCAGUGUGGUCUAGACAUGAUAUGCUGGCGCAUAACACGAGCACAGCACACACUGACGCACACAAACUGCAAGAGGCUGUUCAUUGCUGCUUGCAGCUUCAAUUCAAGUUUGAUAUGCUGUUCUUCUGCAUGCAGCAGGUCCAGUCUAGCAUAUUAACCAAAGAUCUGCUAUGUAUAUCUGUGUCAUGCACAUGUUGAUGAGUUUACAGUGUAGAACAACUUUUUAAAUGCAUUGACCCAAUAAACGCUAUGCUGUUGUA